ACAAUUUUAGUUAAACAUCUGUUUAUUUACUCCAACAUUAAAGUACUUGUGUUAAUUUUUUUUUUGUAUUUUAAUUUUUCGGAUCAGUCACAAUAAAAAUGGCAACCAUAACGGACGAAGAGUGGGAAGAAUACAAGAAAAAAAACAAUAAAGUGUACGGCGAUGAAGGCGAGGAACGGCGUAGACGUGCCAUCGUGGCUCAGCGUAAGAAAAUCGUCGAGGAACAUAAUCUAAAAUAUAAAAAAGGUGAAGUUGAAUAUCAGGGACGUCUUAAUUCCAUGUCCGAUUAUACGGAUGAAGAAAGAACACGCAUGCAUGGUUUUCAAAUGACAUGAACAAAAUCAAAAAAAAAAUAAGAAAACAAAAACAAAACUUUCGACGUGCGUGUCUGGACUGAUAAGAAAAAAUUUGAUAAUUUUCUAAGAAAUUUUUAGUUUAGUUUAGUUAAUUAAAGUAAAUUUUUUUUAUAAACAUAACGCGUUUAUGUUAAAAAGAAAUUUUCAUUUUUAUGUUUGUUAAAAAAAAAAAAACUAAAAAACACAUGCAGUAUAUUGUAAUAAUGAUGUUAAAUGUAAACAAUAAUAAAGAUUACUACAAAUUUAA